AUGAUAUCUCAACACUACAUAUUGGAUCCUUCACUUGACAACAAGGUGUCGAACAACAGCCUGAUGACAAAACACCAUUCGGAAUCUCUCAUUGAGUGUUCCGCUAAGUGUGGUGAACUUUGUGUAUGUUUUGGCUUUAAUCCGCAACUAAAGAAGUGCCGUAUCCAUCAGUCAUGUGACCCAGCAAAUAUGACCGUUGAUGAAACAGGAUGGAGGUACUUUCGCCCUAACGAUUGGAAUAGGGACUGCGAGAAGCUUCAAGAAAAUGGGCACACUCGAUCAGGUGUUUACAAAAUUAAACCAUUUGGGAAAUCAAGCCAAGCAAUCAGCGUCUAUUGCGAUAUGGAGACGAGUGGCGGAGGAUGGACGGCUAUUCAAAGACGAAUUACAGGAUCCGUGGAUUUUUAUCGAACGUGGAAUGAAUAUAAAGUUGGGUUCGGGAUCCCGGAGGCUUACUGGAUUGGAAAUGACGUAAUCCAUCAACUCACGAAGGGCGGGAACACGUCCUUGUAUGUUGCCAUCACGUUACAAAAUGAUACAACGCUGUAUGAGUUGUAUGAACAGUUCUCCGUGUCUGAUGAGGCAGAUAAAUACAGGCUCUUGGUGAAUGGAUUAGCGACUGGAACCCUCGGAAAUUAUGCACAUUCCAUGUCUAACUCCUUCAAGGUCAUGUUCUCCGGUAGCAGAAGGUCAGGGUCACACUGCACACAUUUAAAUGAAAAGAGAACCAUAGAGGACCAAGACCAGGCUAGGAGGUUAUAA